CGAAUCUUACAAUAUUUGCCCGGGUCGGUGUAGGUUAUCUAGUCACAGCUAUAAAAGAAUACGCUUAGUACACGAAAUAACACAUUAAGUUCAGACUUGACACGUUUCGUUUUAUUUGUGACCGAUUUUCAUUUUACUUUUUAACAAUGAAAGGAGCUGUGAUCGUCCUCGUCGCUAUAGUAGCGAUGGCUUCGGCCCAAGACAGAGUCAAUGUAGUGGACGAGAAUCCCGAUUAUAGAGUUAAAGUUGUAGACAACAGCGAUCCCAACAGCCAAGACACUGUAAUCACCAACCCUGACCCUGGCUUCUACAGGCCCACAAACCCCCAAAAUGGUGGGGACUUCGUAAUCAACAACCCCGACCCACAGUUCUACAGGCCCACGAACCCAAACUCCAACGGUGGAUACGAACCAAUUAGCACCGGACCCGCAUUGGUUGAAGGCAGCCGUCCUAGUCCCAACUACCCCUACAAGCAAUAUGCGUUCCCCGGCGCUCGCGGUGGAAAGUAAAAACUGUUUAAAUUUGCAAGCAUACUUCACACCUCUGUUAAUUAUUAAAUAACCCAAAUGUUAUGACAUGCACAGAUAUUAUUAAUAUUUACAAAAUAAAAAUAAUGUAAUUGCUAUUCAGAUAUCUA